AUGGCACCGUUAUCCUCAUGGCUUCAGGUCGAUCCAAAAUCGCACUUCUCCAUACACAACAUCCCGUUCGGUGUUAUAUCGACAGCUGAGGAAAGCAAGCCGCAUGUUGCGGUGGCCAUUGGCGACCAUGCCCUGGAUUUACAUGUCUUCGCCCAAGAAAAUGGCUUCUCUGCCCUUUCGAUCAUACAGCCACACCAACAUGUUUUCAGCGAGCCCACCUUGAAUGCGUUCGCUCAGCUGGGUCGGGCAAUGCACAGAGUUGUCCGAGAAUAUCUGCAGAGCGUGCUCCUGAAGGAUGGCCCAUUCAAAAAUGUGCUCCAGGAGAAUCAGCAACUGCAGCAAGCAGCUCUUGUCCCGCUGGAAAAGUGCAAGAUGCAUCUGCCUAUGUUUACCAACGAUUACACCGACUUCUACGCUGGCCUAAAUCAUGCGUACAAUGUUGGGGUGCUGUUCAGAGGGCCUGAGAAUGCACUUCAGCCCAACUACAAGCAUCUCCCAGUGGGCUACCAUGGCAGGGCCAGUAGUGUUGUCGUGUCUGGCACUUCUAUCAAACGACCCAAUGGGCAGAUAUUAGCAGAUCCCCAGAAGAAGGAGCCGAUGUUCAGUCCGAGCAAGAAGCUCGACAUCGAACUUGAGCUCGGUUGUUUCGUCUGCAAGCCUUCGUCUCUGGGAGACCCAGUCCGAAUAGAAGACGCUCCUGAGCAUCUCUUCGGCAUCGUGCUGAUGAACGACUGGAGUGCACGAGACAUUCAAGCCUGGGAGUACGUUCCUCUAGGUCCAUUCAACUCGAAGAACUGGGCCACAACGAUAUCGCCUUGGGUCGUGCUAAUGGAUGCUCUGGAGCCAUUCACAGCCAAAGGAAUCACUAACGACACGCAAGUGCUUCCAUAUCUGGACGAAAAAGAUCGCAAGAGCCACUACUCGAUUGAUUUAUCAGUUUCGCUCACGACCUCUUCUGGCACUGCGAGCAGCAUCGGUAAGACAUCCUCCCGGAACUUGCUGUUCUCCUUUCCGCAGAUGCUGGCGCAUCAUACUAUUGGUGGCUGUCCUUUCAACGUCGGUGAUUUGCUGGGCUCGGGGACCAUUUCUGGCGAAAGUAAGAACGAGAAAGGAUGCUUGCUGGAACAGACCGACAAUGGCAAGACUGAGAUAGCAUUGGAGGGCGGAGAGAAGCGCAAAUUCCUUGAAGAUGGAGACCAGGUGACGAUCACUGGCUGCUGCGGUACUGAGGACGGUGGCCUGGUAGGCUUUGGGGAGUGUACUGGCAAGAUAGAGCCCGCAGUGAGUAUGUCAUUCUAG